AUGUGCCGAGAAGGAGACGACACUGGCGACACUGAAAGUCAGCGCUCCAGUGGAAUUACUGCCGACCCUGACCUUGAAGAUGAUGACAACGACUCAGCAUAUGGAGACGAAGCUUCAACCGAGACGACCUCGAUAUCGUCGUGGAUAAGGGACUAUCGCGUUGAAAAUGGCAGGACCUACCAUGCCUUCAAGGACGGAAAGUACUGGGGCUCCAACGACGAAGAGGCCAAUCAACACCAUGAUAUCGGCCACAACCUGUACCUGAGAACUCUCAACAACCGCCUCUUCCUUGCGCCUAUCGAUCCCAAUCCAUCUCAGAUCCUUGAUCUUGGCACCGGCACCGGAGCAUGGGCCAUUGAUGUCGCCGACUUAUACCCCUCCGCCGUCGUCACGGGGACCGACCUCUCCCCCAUCCAACCCACAUGGGUCCCGCCGAACGUACGCUUCGAGAUUGACGACAUGGAAUCCGAAUGGACAUUCGACCCCAACAGUUUCGACCUUAUCCAUAUUCGUGGCCUGCACGGCACCAUUGAAGAUUGGCCGGCCCUGUACGCGCAAUGCAUGCGCUGCUUGAAGCCCGGCGGGUGGCUCGAGCAGGCUGAAUAUUCUGCACAAUUCACCAGUGAUGACAACAGUCUCCCUCCGGACGGCGGAAUUGCAGCAUGGAAUAAAGUCGGCCCCGAGUGUCAUGCCAAGCUCAAUCGAGAAUUGCAAGUCUUUCAGACCAUGCGUCAACGCAUGAUCGACGCGGGCUUUGAGUCAGUCACCGAACGCAGGUACAAGUGGCCGAUCGGACCUUGGCCCAAGGACCCUAACCUCAAACAGCUGGGUCAGUGGUGCCGGGCGCACGUCGAGACCGGACUGGAGAACUGGACGUUACGAUUAUUGACGAGUGUUUUGGGCUGGACCGCGGAUGAAGUCAGAGCCCUGUGCGCUACUGUCAGGAAUGAACUCCGAAGUCCCAAGGUUCAUGCAAUUCAUCGCAUGAAUGUGGUUUAUGCGAGGAAGCCCGACGGUGCGAGAUGA